GAGUUUUAAGGCCAUUCGUUUCCAAACAAGAAAAAUAAAAACAGAGAAAACGAAGCUAAUCAGAAGUUACAGUGUGUCAUCUCUACAGACAAACACUAAUCAUCUGCAUAUGCUUCUAAAACAUUUUUAUGCACACUGUUUAUGACUUUAACCCCACUCCCAUAUCAUUAUUUUAUCAGUUUGGAUCUCCCCUCAAAUUUACUGCUAUAUCUAGGGUUUUUGCAUCUCCAAUGAAAUCCCACCUGUACAUAGCAAUAUCUAGAUAGGAACCCAUAAUACAUCAUUGGAUACGAGACACUGGCCCUAGCAGUGUGAGAGGGAAGCAAGAAAUGUACAGAGAUCGCGGGGGGUCGUCGAAGUCGGAGAUCGCCGGUGGAGCGUUGGAUCGGAAGCGAAUCAACGAUGCGUUAGAUAAGCACUUGGAGAAGUUAUCCCCCUCCACAUCAAAGUCAUCGAAGGAGAAGGCGGCCACCUCCGUCGCCGCCGGAGUUGGUGGGAAAUUGCAGCAUAUUGACCAUCGUGACAGUCGCUCAUCCUCUGCUUUUACAGCGAAAAACAAGUGCUCUGAGGAAUCAGAAACAGACAGUGAAGAUUCUGAUGUUAGUGGUUCUGAUGGGGAUGACACAUCAUGGAUUUCCUGGUUCUGCAACCUCAGAGGAAAUGAGUUUUUCUGUGAAGUUGAUGAUGAAUAUAUUCAAGAUGAUUUCAACCUUUGUGGAUUGAGCAGCCAAGUUCCAUACUAUGAUUAUGCGCUUGACCUUAUUCUCGAUGUUGAAUCUUCUCAUGGUGAUCUGUUCACUGAAGAGCAGAAUGAACUUGUGGAAUCAGCAGCAGAGAUGUUAUAUGGACUCAUUCAUGUACGAUACAUAUUGACUAGCAAGGGAAUGGCUGCAAUGUUAGAGAAGUACAAAAACUUUGACUUUGGGAGAUGCCCACGAGUUUACUGCUGUGGACAGCCUUGCCUCCCUGUUGGUCAGUCAGACAUUCCACGAUCAAGCACUGUCAAAAUAUAUUGCCCCAAAUGUGAAGACAUUUACUAUCCCAGAUCCAAGUACCAAGGCAAUAUUGAUGGAGCUUAUUUUGGAACAACAUUUCCUCACCUCUUUUUGAUGACUUAUGGUCACCUCAAGCCUCAGAAGCCAACACAGAACUAUGUCCCAAGGGUAUUUGGGUUCAAACUGCACAAGGCUUGAUGAUAAAAUGUAUGAGAUUUGUAUUGCGGGGGUAGAGAUAUCAUUUUUCUGCCAAAAGGGAUGUUUAUAUUUACUUACCUGGCUUCCUUGAUGUAGACGUUAUCAGCCAGGCAAGGCAAAAGCCGUCCUUAAUACCAAAAAAAUUGUUUUAUUGAUAAAAAAGUUAUCAAUACUCGGUCUCCCGAGCAAAAUUUGUGCCUUAAUUUUUUUAUAUCCUGAAUUGCGUAUGUGUAUUACCCAUUGAGAAAUAUUUGUAGUGAUUUGCCUUUGUAUAUAUUGGAUGAGUCUUCAUACAUUCCAG